AUGGCAAGUAUAGCUAAACCCACCAUCCUGCUCGUCAACGGCAGAUGGCACAUACCCGAGAGCUACGCCAAACUCGCCGGCGGCCUGCGCCAGGCCGGCUUCGAGGUCCACGUUCCUCGCAACCCUUCCAUGAACCAAAGCCGGCCUCCUAACGCCGACCUGACCACCGACUCAAAUCUCAUCCGCGGCUACGCGACAAGCCUAAUAGAGGCGAGCCGGACCGGCGGACAGGUCGGCACCAACGGCUUAUACGGGCUGAGCCGGAACGCGCGCGCCGCCAAGGGGCUGCCCGGCGGAAUCUCCAAGUUGAUAUACCUGACGACCUUUGCGUUGCCCAAGGGCAAGGCGAUGACGGACAAGGUGGCGGGAUUCGGCCAGUUGGGUCUCAUGCCCAUCUCGUUUGACUUCGACGAAGAUCAGACCUGCGUGCCGAACUACCGGAAGAGGGGGUUGAUUGGCGAGAACUUUGCCAACGAGCUCGAUCCGGAGGAGCUCGAAGCUUACUUGGCUACUAUACUUCGAUGGAAUGGAAAGUGCAUGUAUUUGCCCGUUCAGAACACGCCCGCUUGGCGCGAUGACGUGGAGGUUUGUUAUAUCUACACACUCAGCGACCUUGCGGUUCCUAUCGGCUACCAAAGGAGUAUGGUAGAGUACAUUGAGAAGGAAGGAAAGACGGUUCGGACGGUAGAAAUUGAUGCUGGUCACUGUCCGAACCUGACGGCAGCCAAGGAAGUAGCAGAAGCUAUCAUCAAGUUUUCUUCUGACUAGCUCUCGCAUGAAAGGCUCUAGCCGUUGUACAUAG